GCAGCAUGAAAAGUAAAUUUUUCGUUGUGUGAUUACGUGUUUGUUCAGUGAAAUUAUUGUUUUCUUUUUGAGUUGUGUAAAGUUAUAAACGCGUUAAAAAAUGUUUGCAAAUGUUUUGUUACUUUCUUGCAACCAAAAAAUUAAAAUCCACACGUCUAGAAUUAAACGAUUUGAUUCUAGCACUCAUUCUCCUUAUCAAAAGUAUAAAGUAAUACGUUCCGUAAAUGGGAAAAAUAAGGAAGAAGAUUGCGUGGUUUUACAUUUAGCUGAAAAUGAAGAAGAACUUAAUAAAGCAAUUGAUACGCAACGUGCAAAACGUCCUAGUUCUAAAAUGCUAAUUUCAGCUAGCGAAUCUACUGACGAUGAGGAAACUUCACCACAAAAUUAUCAUACACAAAAGCGGAAGAGUGAUGGUGAUGGAGAACCACAUUUACCCGCUUUGAUAAAAAGACUCAUGCUUAUAAAACAAGGACAUAACAAAGAAUCCAGUUCUUUCAAAGUGAAUAAUAACAGUGAUGAUGAAGAACAUUCACAAGCUUUGGACAAAAGACUAGUGACUAAUAUACAAAUACAAAAUAAACAGUUCGAUUCUUCUAAGAGUACACCGCAGAACCGUGCAAAUAUUUUGCCUGUACUUCAAGAAAAUGUGAUAGUAGUACAGAAAGUGCAGAAAUUAGAAAAGGAAUUAGAGGAAUGUAAAAAAGAUCUAGAAUUUGUCACUAAUCGUUACAGCGAGUCUCAAUCUGAAAUUGAAAAAUUGGAAAAAUGAUUUAAGAGUGGCAGAAGUUAGUGUACAAGUAUCAAAUGAAGAGAUACUUAAUAAGGAAAAUGAACUGAAUUUAAUUCGGCAGGUUAAUAAGGAUUUGCAGAUAAGUGGCAUAGAUAAGUUGCAGCAGACUGUUUGUAAGAAUCAACAACUACACUUAAAGAAAUAUAGUAAUUAUUAUUCAAUAUCUAUGUUAAAACUUUCUUUUUUACAGCAAUGCCCAAUUUAAAUCCUGAAAAUUCAUCGAAUGCGUUUUUUCUUCCUAUUGAUUCAAAUCUUGGAAAUUCAUCGAAUGCGUGUAUUCCUCCUAUUGGUUCAUGGAAUUCUGAUAACACCGA